AUGGUGCAUCAGCUCCACAAUGGCAUGAUGGCAAGGAGUACGGACAAUGCAGCUGUCUCAAAGGCAUUCGCAGUGACCAACAUAGUGAAGCAGGGCUGCGUCCUCGCGCCUACCCUCUUCAGUCUUACGUCCUCAGCCAUGCUAAUGGAUGCCUUUUGUGAAGAACUCCCCGCGAUCCUUGCCACCUACAGGACGGACGGCAAAUUCCUUCACCACCGACAAAUGCACUUCCAGUCGCGUGUAUCCACAACUACCUUCCAUAAACUCCUCUUCGUCGACGACUGCGCUCUCAAUGCAACUACUGAAAGAGACAUGCAAAGAGGCAUGUACCUCUUCCACAACGCCUGCGAAAACUUCGGCCUGGUCAUUAACACGGAGAAAAUGGUAAUUAUGCAUCAACCCGCCACCCGAUGCCGCCUACUUCACACCCCAAAUCCACGUGAACGGCGCCAAACUGCAAGUGGUGGACAGCUUCGCCUUCCUGGUCAGCACCUUCUCCCGAAGCACCAAAAUCGACGAUGA